AUGGCGGCCAAGGGCCCUAAGCAGACUCCCGAGGAGGCCGCCGCCCCGCAGCCCCCGCAGAUCGAGCACGAAGACGACUCGACGGCGAGCCUCAUCGACGUCGACACCCAGUCCGUCCGCACCGUGCCCUCGGACUUCAUGGAGCAGAGCGUCCAGACCGAGACGCAGGCCGACCGCAUCGCGCGCGAGGAGGAGGCCCGCACCCGCGCCCGCGAGGCCAAGGACAAGGCCGCGGCCCGGGCCCGCCGCGCCGACGGCUGGCUGACGCGGCAGCUCGCGGCCAUGAGCGACGGCGCCGUCAGCGCCCUCGCCGUCGCCAACUUUGCCGCCGUGCUCGGCCUCGGCUCCUUCCUCGGGUACAAGGCCUGGGGCCUGUACGAGCGCGGCCGCCUCGGCUGGAGGAGCGUCGGGCUGGGCGUCGGCAUCCUGGGCGCCGUCGGCGUCGUCGAGGGCGUCUUUGGCAGCUAUAUCAACAAGAGCCGGAGCAAGAAGCACUGA